AUGUCUUCUAUAAACACACAACAAUACUUAAUAUGUCCAAUAACAUUAGAAUUAUAUAAUGAUCCAGUUACAGCUGAAGAUGGAAAUACGUAUGAAAGAGAAGCAAUAACUCAAUGGACCAUUCAAUGCGGUACCAGUCCAAUUACAAAAAAGCCUCUAAAUAUAAAUCGAUUAACACCAAAUUGUGCAGUCAAAGAUGCAGUAGACGCUUUCAAGCAACAAAAUGCAAAUAUUAAUGACGAUAAUGAUAAAAAUCGUCGAAAUUUGGAGAAUUUAGAUGUUCUCUGUCUUUACUGUGGACUAACACAACAACUUAAUAGUGUUAAAGAACACAAGCUACGAUGUCCAUCAAAUCCUAAUAAUAUUCAACAAUUUGAAAUAGCAGAGAACGAAAUCGAUUUUGCAAUGUCUCAACAAACAUCUUCUAAAAAUAGACAUUCUCAUAAUGAAAGAACACUUAGCUUUCAAAAUCCUCUUGCACGUCGUACAAUCACAUUGGCUAUUUAUUAUAAUAGAUGUAAAGCAAAACAAUUUCCAAUAGCGAUAACAUCCAUCUUCACUUCAACGAUCACCUCAACUUCAAUGGUAACUUCAACUUCAACGGUCACCUCAACUUCAAUGGUAACUUCAACUUCAACGGUCACCUCAACUUCAACGGUCACCUCAACUUCAACAUCAACUUCGAUUUCGACUUUGACUUCAACUUCAACUUCAAUUUCAACAACAACUUCAACAAUGACUUUGACUUCAACCGCGAUUCCUAAAAUACUGUGUGCUUCUGCUGAAUGGGAAUCAACUGGAAUAACAGUUGUUUCGAAGCUAUAUGAUCCAUACGAUAUUGCUAUUGAUAACGAAAAUAAUCUAAUCGUAGCUGAUACUGAAAAUCAUCAUUUAUUAAAGUAUUUUACUAACGGAACAAAUAUUACAUUAUUAACAAACACUAAAGUAUCCAGCGUAUGUAUUGACAAGUUCGAUAAUAUUUAUGUAACAGAUGUAUUUGGUGAUGAAGUUAAGAAAUUGAGUUCAGAUGACCAAUCGAUAACAACAGUUGCCGGAAGCGAAUUGAAUGAGCUUCGCUUUGAUGGUCAACCAGGACUCUAUGUUGAUAAAAAUUUAACACUUUAUAUAUCAGAUACUGGUAAUCAUCGAGUUGUGAAAUACUUUAUAAAUUCAAGUUCCGGUAUUGUUGUAGCUGGUGGACAUGGAGCGGGAGCUGGAUUAAAUCAAUUAAAUGGCCCUUAUGGUAUCUAUGUUGAUGAAAUCAAUGAAAUUGGUGCCAUCUAUAUUUGUGAUCAGGAAAAUCACCGAAUUCAAAAAUGGAUUGAUGGUGCUCAUGAAGGAAUAACUGUAGCUUCAAACAUAAAUCAGUUACGUACUCCAGUUUCAAUUUUAUUAGCACCAACAGAAGAUAAAAUGAUGAUGUAUAUAUUAGAUUUUGAUCAUUAUCGGAUUUUAAAAUGGAUACCAUAUUCACAAGAACCUGAAGCUAUUGCUGUUGGAAUUACUGGUCAUCUUGGUAAUGAACCGAAUCAACUUUCUUCGCCAAGAGGAAUUAAAUUUGAUAAAAAUUGGAAUUUAUUUGUUGCAGAUACUGGAAAUAAUAGAAUACAAAAAUUUCUAUUUAAUAGUUCUUCAUGUGAAAAUAAUAAUUAA